GGAAUGGUUAUGGUUUCAUUGCAUACUGUAGAAACGAAUCGGGCCGAAAGAGCUAGGGUAGUUUUAAAAAGUUGGGCCCAUGAAAAUAGUUGAAGGGCGUGUGCUUUUCCAAUAAGCCAACGAGCAUCCCUCUCUUUUCCGCUCUUGCACGCAAGCUUCCAUGGUUAUGGAGAACACGGGGAAUUUAGACGCGGCAAUAGAGCAGUUGCUGAAUGUGGAAAAGCAUGCGAGGCUCGCCGGCGACGUCGCCGCCACCAGAAACGCCGUUACGGAUAUUUUACGACUAUGCUUCGAAGCUCGUGCGUGGAGAACCCUCAAUGACCAGAUUGUUCUCUUGUCCAAACGACGUGGUCAGCUUAAGCAAGCUGUGACAUCAAUGGUCCAACAGGCUAUGCAAUAUAUUGAUGAGACACCAGAUCUUGAAACUCGUAUAGAACUCAUCAAAACCUUGAACAGUGUAUCUGCAGGAAAGAUAUAUGUUGAGAUUGAGAGAGCUCGGUUGAUCAAGAAACUUGCAAAGAUUAAAGAAGAACAAGGGCUUAUAGCUGAAGCUGCUGAUUUGAUGCAAGAAAUUGCGGUGGAAACUUUUGGCGCCAUGGCAAAAACUGAGAAAAUUGCAUUCAUUCUUGAACAAGUUCGUUUGUGUCUAGACCGCCAAGAUUAUGUUCGUGCACAAAUACUCUCAAGAAAGAUUAGUACAAGGGUAUUUGAUGCUGAUGCUUCAAAGGAAAAGAAAAAGCCUAAAGAAGGUGAUAAUGUUGUUGAAGAAGCUCCUGCAGAUAUACCAUCUCUACCUGAGUUGAAGCGGAUCUAUUACGAACUAAUGAUUCGGUAUUUUUCCCACAAAAAUGAUUAUCUUGAAAUUUGCCGUUGCUACAAGGCAAUUUAUGAGAUUCCAUCUGUCAAAGAAAAUUCCACCGAGUGGAUUCCAAUCCUUAGGAAAAUAUGUUGGUACUUGGUUCUAUCACCACAUGAUCCAAUGCAGUCAAGCCUUCUCAGUUCCACCUUGGAGGAUAAGAAUCUAUCUGAGAUUUCAAACUUUAAGUUAUUGUUGAAACAGUUGGUCAAUAUUGAGGUUAUCCAAUGGACAACUCUUUGGGAUACAUACAAGGAAGAGUUCGAGAAUGAGAAAAAUUUUGGAAAAUCUUUGGGUGAAAAGGCAGCAGAAGAUCUGAGGGAGAGAGUAAUUGAACAUAAUAUUCUUGUUAUAUCAAAAUACUAUGCAAGGAUUACUUUGAAGAGACUUGGAGAGCUUUUGUGUCUCAGUGUUCAGGAAGCUGAGAAACAUCUUUCAGAUAUGGUUGUGUCCAAGGCAUUGGUGGCGAAGAUUGAUAGACCCAUGGGAAUAGUCUGUUUCCAAACAGCCAAGGAUAGCAAUGACAUUCUUAACUCAUGGGCAGCAAAUGUGGAGAGACUGCUUGAUCUUGUCGAGAAGAGCUGUCAUCAAAUACACAAGGAAACUAUGGUGCAUAAAGCUGCGUUGAAGGUCUAAGAGCGUCCAUAUCACUAACAAAAAGUUACAGGUGAACCCCCCCAUUAUAGACGUGAUUUUGGACUGAAGCUGGCUUAACAGAAUGUUCAUUUGUCUGACCUAAUUAGGUUAGUGAGGAAUUGCAUUAAACAAUGAUGCCUUUUUUUUUUCUUUUUUCAUUUUAUAUGUUGUCAAAAUGCAAUCGGGGUAGAACUAGUUAUAUGCUUCUUAGCGUUGUAUACUAAAGGUACAUUCCUUACCACCGACUUAUGUCGGGAUCCUAAACGGUCUUAUUUGUAGGUCAGUGGGAAGAAAUCGAGUGCUAACAUUCUUUUGUCUGUUUAAUUCUCCCCAAUUGCUUGGGUUUUAUGAGGUGCAUUUUCUGUUGUCUGAUUU